GUCACCGAAUCAUGUCGUCGGGCGGUGUCCGCCAUCUUGCCAGGUUGCUGACAGUCCGCCGGCGCUGAUCGAUGUUUUCCUCCUCGCCAUCGUCUUCCAAGCCAAAUCGCCGGGGAGCACCCGCCCACCCAGCCAGCGGGAGCAGCUGAAGGCCAUGGCGGGGAUCGGAGUCGGCGGUAACAACGACCUGCAGUGGUGCUUCUCCCAGGUGAAAGGCGCUGUCGACGAGGACGUGGCGGAAGCCCCGCUGAAGUCUCAGAUCUUCCCUUCCUCGAAGAGUAUCCCUGCUCAGAUGCCCUCAGUACUCCCCGAGUGGUUGCUGAAGUCUUAACCAUUUUGGAAGAAGAAAAACAGAAAUUCAGAGAAUAAAAAUGACAGAUUUUCAUGAUCUUAAGCAAGUUUUGUAAAUGGCAUCUAGAAAAUCUAUAACAAAAGAAAAUCUUAUUAGAGACGAGGGUAUUCACCCAUUUGGACUGUGGAGGUGUCAAAUGAGGAAGUUAAAGCUGCAUUUGCAUACUGCAGAAGAUGAAAUGCUUUCCUUGCAAUUUCUCUCAAGUGUUUAAGACUUCUGCCUCUGGUACUAAUUCACUGAUGUCAACAUCAUCCUUUGAUCAAGCGGAUAUAAUUUCAACUGUUGAAUUUAACUACUCUGGAGACCUACUAGCAACUGGAGAUAAAGGUGGCAGAGUUGUUAUAUUUCAACGGGAGCAAGAGAGUAAAAGCAGACCUCACCAUAGAGGCGAAUACAAUGUUUACAGUACAUUUCAGAGUCAUGAACCAGAGUUUGAUUAUCUGAAAAGUCUAGAAAUUGAGGAAAAAAUUAAUAAAAUCAGGUGGUUACCCCAACAGAAUGCUGCUCAUUUCUUGCUAUCUACAAAUGAUAAAACUAUAAAAUUGUGGAAGAUAAGUGAAAGGGACAAACGAGCAGAAGGCUAUAAUUUGAAGGAAGAAGAUGGAAGAUUUAGGGAUCCUAUCAGAAUAACCACUUUACGGGUGCCAGUACUAAAACCUAUGGACUUGAUGGUAGAAGCAAGUCCCCGAAGAAUAUUUGCAAAUGCACAUACUUAUCACAUUAACUCAAUUUCAGUAAAUAGUGACUAUGAAACCUACCUUUCAUCAGAUGAUCUUAGAAUUAACCUAUGGCAUUUAGAAAUUACAGAUAGAAGUUUUAAUAUUGUAGAUAUUAAACCUGCCAACAUGGAAGAGCUGACAGAAGUUAUUACAGCAGCAGAAUGCCAUCCUCAUCAGUGCAAUGUGUUUGCCUAUAGUAGUAGUAAAGGUACUAUAAGACUUUGUGAUAUGCGUGCUGGUGCCCUAUGUGACAAGCAUUCAAAAUUCUUUGAAGAACCAGAAGAUCCAAGUAGUAGAUCAUUUUUCUCUGAAAUCAUUUCCUCAAUUUCUGAUGUAAAGUUCAGCCAUAAUGGUCGGUACAUGAUGACAAGAGACUAUUUAUCUGUUAAGGUUUGGGAUGUUAAUAUGGAAACUAGACCAGUAGAGACAUACCAGGUGCAUGAAUACCUGCGGAGCAAAUUAUGUUCUUUGUAUGAAAAUGACUGUAUCUUUGACAAGUUUGAGUGUUGCUGGAAUGGUUCAGACAGUGCAAUCAUGACCGGCUCAUACAACAACUUCUUCCGAAUGUUUGAUAGAAAUACCAAACGUGACAUCACACUUGAAGCAUCUCGAGAAAGCAGUAAACCACGUGCCAUCUUGAAACCGCGUAAAGUUUGCACUGGUGGAAAAAGGAAGAAAGAUGAAAUUAGUGUUGAUAGUUUGGACUUCAACAAGAAGAUUCUGCAUACAGCUUGGCAUCCUAAAGAGAACAUCAUAGCUGUAGCUGCAACUAAUAAUUUGUAUAUAUUCCAGGACAAAGUAAAUUAAAAUUGACUUGUUUUAGGACAAGACAUUCUCACAUGGUUCAGUCUCGCCAUUCUCUUUAAGGAAAAAGAUCUGGUUUUCCAAAAUUAAUCUAUUUGAUGCAUUAAUCUUCUGGUAUAGCUACAGAAGUAACAUUUACCUAAUUGUUCAUUCAUUCUUGUGAUGUAUUUCCACCAUCAGUUAGGACAUUACUUGAUUCUAGGUGUGAGAAGCCGACCAGUAGCAAACUGGAAAGACAAUGUGGACGCAAGGACAUCUCCAAUUAUGAUUUAAUCAAGUCUGAGCUUUCCUGAUAGAAGACCAACAAGGCACAGUCUAAUGUCUGUGUAAUCUAUUCUUCCUGUAUAUUUUAAGCCUUUUGAACAAGACUUGUGGUCGAUUAUGCCUGUAAAACAUUCCUCCUCUGGCCUCGCUGUUUUUGGCUUAAGUGUCCUGCGUAUGAAUGUUUUAAUGGGUUUUGAGCAGGUUCAGUAGAUGUCCUAUCCCUCGUAACAUUUGCUCACCAACUACCUAUCACCACACCAAUUAGUGUAAAAAGCUCUUAAUAAAUUAACAAAAACCAGAAAGAGUGUCUUUUUAAAUCUGAAAUUAUGGAUGUAGAUUUGUGAUUUUUCUUUUGCAAUGUGUUCUGGAAAAGAUUGUUUGGAGUAACUAAUAUUGGUUACAUUACACUUUCGGAGCAGAGCAGAAUAAAUGGCGUUAUAGUAUGACACUAGAAAUUUCAUUUGUAUCAAGUUUCACAGAUCCAAUAGCUGAAAAAUCUAACUAAAUAUUGUGAUGAAAAAGUAUAUAUUUUUAUAGUCUUCAGGAAAUCAUUCAAAUGCUUUUUGUUUCUUUUAUCUAGAUAACCAACUCAAUCAGAACUGGAAAAGUUAAGCAAUUUCUCUUACAUUUCCUACAAAGGAAAUUAUAUAAAAGUGCUUCCCUGAGUUUUGAUAUUGCUGGAAAUUGGUAGUUAACCUAUACCUCAUCCUGCAUCUAAAUUACAGAUUCAUUGCAUUGUGCUAAUAACAACAUGUAUGUUUAUCUCUUUCAGUAAAAGAAUACUGGCUGAUUCUAUAUUUAUUCUGUAUCCCAUGCUUGCUUCUACUUUCUGUUUAUCUCUUUGUUUCAUCUCCCCUUGUUGUGUGCACACAAAUACACACUGACAUGAACUUUAAAGCACAUUUCAGUAAGGGAAACCGUUAAAUGUUUAUUGCCUUCAAUUCUCCCUCUACAGUAAACCAUAUCUGUAAAUAAAGUUUGCAUAGCUUGCGUUGGUGCAAAGUUGUAAAUCUCCUGUAUAUAAGGUUAUGUUUAUACAGUGCAGUCACUUUCUAUCCCAUAAAUACUAGCUGUGACUUAGUGGAUUCCACUCUGGGCACUGAAUUGUGGGUGGUUGGUUUAAGUUUCACUCAAGAAACUCAUGCCUAAAUAUUUAGUUAAGCAUUCCAUUGUAGUACUUGCUGAGUUGCAGAAAAGCCCAUGACAUAAUUUCAAAGAUCUGAGGAGUUUCCUUUGAUGUUCUGGAUUUUAAUAUAAAUAAAAUAAUAUUUGGUCAUGUCACUGUGCAAAUUGGUUACCACAUUUCGUAUAAAAGCGGUUAUACUUCAAAAUGAAGGUGUAGGUUACUGUAAAGUGCUUUGGGUUAUCCCAAAAGGUACCAUAUAAAUGUGAGCCUUUGUCACUUGAUUUUUCUUCUCCUUACUCCUAAACCCCAGGUCUACCCCAGAGGUUGCUUGUGCAGGGAUAGCUUUACUAAUGACUACUUGGGUAUAUGAUUAAUUUCAACUAUGAUCAAACAUUUUAAAGCUUCUUUUGAAAUAUUUUUCAAUGUGUGGAACACUUCAGUGUCCAAAAUAAUUAGCUUGCAGAGCCUUUUGGUAUAAGUAAUAAUGCAUGAAGCUGGAAGGGUGGUUAUGAUAAAUUACAAUGUUAUUGAAAGCAAUAAUAAUUUCAAAGGUUCCUGCUGUAUUUUGUAUGAAGUGCACAAAAAAAACUAUAUAAAUCAAUGUUGUAAUGAUCUUACUGUCUAUAGAUUGAAAUUUAUAAUAUGUCCUUGCAGCUUCCAAUGUGUUCUAACAAUGUGAAAAUGCUUUGAAAAUACAAGUAAGAACAUUGUAUUGCAGAUGUAAAUGAGGUGUAAUGCUAUAUUCAUUUUAAAUUGUGCUUUGUUUUAGCACAUUUAAGCAUUAGGGUUGACCUGGUGCCAAAUCAUUUUCAAGUGUGCUUUUCUAAAACAGAAAGUAUAUUGCAUGUGCCUUUUUAUUUCUCUUUUUUAAUAUAUGCACAUAAUUAUUUAAUACACUUUAUGUAAAACCUGUUUUAGAUUUUAAGUUGUACAUGGUAAAUGAUGAAGUUCUAAGUAAAUGGAUCCUUUAUAAAGCUGUACACCGCAAGAAUUGUGGGACUAAUUAGUUUGUGGAAUCAAGUGGAAUUAAAAAAAAUAGCAAACUUAUGAUGUAAAAUCACUUUUGUUCCUGAAUAUUGUCUGGACUUCAGCUUUCUUUUCAGUGUAUACGACCAAAUUUCUCACGCUGAUACCACCAAUUCAUUUUUAACUUUAUUACUUGCUAAGUAAAUCCAUUUAUUUUCAUCUAUUUCUUUUAUCAAUUUCAAGAUGUGGAGGCCAGGCAAAUUUUAUGUAGAGCUGUGGUUAGUUCAUGCACCUGAUGUUUCAUAGUUUAUUAGGAAAAAUUGAAAUAUCUAAAAGUGUUCAGCUUUUUAAGUGCAUUUUCUCUAUUCUAGUUCAUUUAUGAUUCUAUUUAAGGAUCUUUUAAAACUACUUUCUAGUUGGUAUGUUAGCAUAUUAAAUGACAGCCACAUUAUUUUGAUCAUACUUUGGAAUUUUUAAAUUUAAAAAAAAACUAUUGCUGUUUCAGGCACUAAAACUCCUUCAGUCAUUAUACUAUUGUCUCAAAAAACAUCCUGUCAGGACAAUCCAUGAAUUGCAAUAUUACCCUUAGUUUCAAUUUUUAAAAGUUCUUUUUUAAAAAGGCAAGUUAUUUAGGGACUGUAACAUAACUUUUAGGAGCAUUUGUUCUUGUAUUUCCUACUGUUAAAGCUGCUCUAAUUACAUGACAAUCUUUUGCAAAAUUCUGAUUUUUGAGAAGCAAUUUGCACAAAAUUCCUUGCUGCCAUGAAAUUAAUUGUACUCUUGCUGUGGACUUGCAUGAAAAGUACUAGCUUACCUUUUGUGGAUCUCGCAUUGUCAACUUGCAUUAUCAAGCCUGCACAGCUAUUAACAGAGUUAUCCUGUUUAGUGAUGGUGGUUAUACACAUUUCAAAAACAAUGGGGGAAAAAUUAAGCCUUAAAAGGGCAACAUUUUAAUGCUAAUUUUAACUGAGUUUGAUUAAUGCAAGAUAAUGUAAAUUGGUUAAUACUACUUGCCUGUGUAAUCUUUUCUCUGUAUUCAGGUGAUUAGGGAACCCAUUUGUAGAACAAGGCUCUCACAUCAAUGUAGGGGAAAUUGGUGCAACUUCUCAUUCUGCUGGCAGACCAACAGCAGAGCAUGGUGCGGAAAAAGCUGGUGUUCACCUGGGAAUCCCAAACUUGCCUACUGCUUUACGUGGGGAGUUUCUGCUUUAUUGUUUAAAACUAAUGUUAAUACAGGGGAACUCUAAAUAAUAGAACAUAGAUAAUGGCUUUUUGGUCAUUAAAACAGCACUGGUUACUUCAAUUUAAUCUCUCCAUGUUUUCUCUUUACCUGUGCAAUUCUUCUUAAAGUGUUAAAUGACUGUUAAAAGUUAAAAUUGAAUUUAUAGUCACAGCUUGGUCAGGAAAUAGGCUGGUCCUGGACUUAUUUCAUAAUUUACUGGCAUAAUUUACAUAUUACUAUUUAUUAUCUAUGGUGCAAAUGUAACGAAAACCAAUAUUCCCCGGGAUCAAUAAAGUAUGACUAUGACUAAAUACCCAGUCAGAUUACUGUCAUUGUAUCAGUUAAAUGGGUAGAUGCUGACACAAUGUAAAAGUUAAUAACCAGCAGAUACUGUUAUCUGAAAUAGAAAUAGCACAGGUUAGAAACAUUCUGCAGGUCAAGUAGCAUCAAUUAUCCAACUUGAAACAUGGAUUCUGUUUUUCUUUGCACAGAUGUUGGCCGACUGCUAUGUAUUUCUUCCAUUUUCUGUUUCUAUUUUAGUGGAAUAUGUUUUUACAAAAAUGUUGCCAAUGCGUUAAACUUUUUCUAUCAUUUGCGUAGUGAAACUGUUGUCUUUAUUAUGAUGCACUCCAUAGUUAUAAUGAUACUAUAUUUGUAUGAUUGCUUGGCAAUAGCAGUAAAUUCAUGAAUAUCAUAGAAUUCCUCUUUUAUUGCUAAAUAUCAGUAAUAUUUCUACUUGAGUGAUGUAAAUGCUGCUAAUGAGUGAUUUAAUUCAGUCAGUAGUUCAAUGCUAAAUACAAAUGUUCUCUUGUAAAGUGAUUGAUUGAAAGUAAGUUAAAGCAGUAAUGCUUGGCACUUGAGAUGAAAACACAUAACCAAAUUUUGCCUUUGUUGUUCAUUUCUCAUGUAUUUAAAUGCCAUUCUUACAUGUAUGACAAAUUACUUGGAAAAAAAAAAAUUCUUUAUUGAUAUA